CCCCCCACUCUCUUCAUUAUUUCGCCGUUUUGCCCAAGGCAGAAGAAGUUUCAAGAUUCAAAAACAAAAAGUACAAAUCCUCCCGAAACGAUGUCGUACCAUCUUACAAAAAGGCCAGUCCACAACAUUUCCCAUCUUCCGAACACUUUGGACUUGAAGACCGCCCACAUAUCUUGAAAACCCGAAACUACCCCUUCCAAAAUUAACUCUUCAUUCCACCUCCAAAAAAGGUCAAAUCCAACAAUUCAGUAAUUCCCCAGCUAGGAAUAGCAAAAAUUGCUAGCGUUUGAAAUAUUUGCGGACAGAAGCGGAGGCGGUCUUCGCUUUAAUAACUUGGGGAAGAGGUUCCAUCUUUUUUUUUUUUCUUCUUUUGGGAAGAUCAGAGAAGAGAUUUAUUUUUAUUAUAAAUCUAAAAAUAAAAAUCCCCGUAUUUUGUCUCUUCACUCCACGAGCUCUUAUCUGAUCUCUCCGAUUCUCUCUACACGCACCACUGUCUAUACCGUUUUUACUGUCAUCACCGCCGCUAACGCCUAGGUUUUCUUCUAUAAGGAUUAUCUCUUUAUUAGCAUAUUAGCCAUGCCAACAUUUACUGCUAUAGCUUUGGAUACGUUGUUAGAACCUGGAGUUGCCAAAUCUGUCGACAAGUCUGGCCUGAAUUUAAAACCACCUAUCCCCAACCCCAAACCUAUUCCUAAUUCAAAGCUGGAGGGGAGAAACAAUACAUCAGUAACUGAAAGGAAGUUUAAUCGCCCCCAAAUAUCACCUGCCCUCUAUGCUACCCCUGAGGCAACCCCACUACCUGAUUCACCUUCCUCUUUCCCUCCUUCACCUUACAUCAUCAAUCAUAAGAGGCGUGGGCCUCGCCUUUUGAAGAGCUGUUUUGAGGACAAUGUAUCAGCUCUGAAAAAGACCGUUGAAGAAGAUGAGGUUAAUGAGAAUGCAAAACUGGCAGAAACGAAGUCUGUUGAUCUAUUGAAGGAUGGUUCUGUUGCUUUUAGCAUUCCUGAACCUAAUGAAAAGGAGCUUGAGAAUGGUGUCCAUAAAGGUCCUAUCAAAGUAGAACAGUCAAAUGGUGUCCAUGGUGGCUCCAUUCAAGAUGAGCACAUGAAUGGUGUCCAUGAUGGUGAAUUUGGCAGCAGUAACAGGGAAGUUGGAAGCUGCCAAGUGAGUCAAGGUUUGGGCAGGGAUAGUGCUGUGCUGAAGCUUGUAUCAUUGAACUUGGACAGAUGUGGUGACAGUGAAGAUUUCUUUGAUCCAAACGAAUCAAUGAGUGUCACAAGUAAUACUGAGGGAGAUGAUGAUACUGGGGCAGAAAGUGCUGCAAGGCUUGCUACACCAAGGCUAGAGUUUUUUGAUGCAUGGGAUGAAUUAUCCUCUGAGAGUGGGCCACAGCCUCUUCUUCAUGACAUUGAAGCUGAACUGCGUGAAAUAAGAUUGAGUUUACUCAUGGAGAUAGAGAAGAGGAAGCAGGCAGAAGAAGCUCUAAACAAGAUGCGAAGUAAGUGGCAAAGAAUCAGCCAAGACUUAGCUGUUGCUGGAUUGUCACUGCCUGCAGAUCCUAUUGAUAUGACAGAGGAUGAGCUGGUGAAUCCAGCUGAAGAACUAAGACAGCAAGUGAGCGUUGCACGAUUUGUAUCAUCAUCUGUGGGAAGGGCCAUUGCAAGGGCAGAGAUGGAGAUGGAGAUGGAAGCUCAAAUUGAAUUGAAGAACUUUGAAAUUGCCCGAUUGUGGGACCGACUACACUAUUAUGAGGCUGUGAAUAGGGAAAUGUCCCAAAGAAACCAAGAGGCCGUAGAGAUGGCACGGCGUGAUAGACAAAGGAAGAAAAGAAGGCAGAGAUGGGUCUGGGGUUCAAUUGCUGCUAUAAUUACCCUUGGGACAGCUGCCUUGGCAUGGUCUUACCUCCCAACAGGAAAAGGUUCAUCCUCUGCUAGUAUUCCCCAGGCAUCUGAUCAUGAUGAUGCCGCUAAGUGAUAAUUAUUCAAUGACUAGAGCUGUGAUAGCCUAUCACCGUAGCAAGAGAAUAAGACGCCGACAUUCUUCCCUGUGAGUAGCAGUCUCCUACUUUUGUUAGUCGCAAUUUCUCUGCCAUGAGCCAUCCUGAGGAUGUAAGGUACCAUCUAAAUAAUUUUUUUGCACUAAUAGUUGUUCCCUUCCCUGGCAAUCUGAGAGUUGAUAAAUUAUCAAUUAUAUCAGUCUUUGUUACCCAACUUUGGCCUUUUGUGUGCGUUAUGCAUAUCACAUAUAAUCUUGUGGGAUUUGUUUUAAGGUCUCUUCUGACUCAGGCAGAUAUCUUUCCUGUGCAAGACUCAUCGGUCGUUACCAAUCAAGCACAGCAUGAUGGAAUUUAAUUAACCUAUUUCUUAUUGAA